CGUCGGUUCCUCGGCACUAGCCCGGCUAUUGUUGUGUGUCUUUCGGCGCUACCGUGACCCGUCGGCGGUGCGGUGAUUUGUGGAUAUUCUAACCGGUUCGCUCGGCUCUCGCUCGGCCAUAUUGAGCGUCCUUUCUUCUCCGCUCGGCGGCGCGUCCCUCGCUUUUAACGGAGCACAAAGCCGCCCGUCGGAGGACUUAAGUGGAGAAGUUAAUCGGCAUGGGACGGACGGAAGACUGAGGUCCUCGGAUCGGAAGUGCUUCUCUCGGCCUCUUUCCGCUCCCCGUGUGGAUUGUCGACGCGAAACCGAAACGUGGGAGUAAAGACAAAAGAUCACCGGACGCAUGUAGGCGAAGUGAAACGAGGCAAAAGUCGCGUUAAAAAAAAAGGCUUGACGAUGGGUUGCGUCCGGAGCAAAGAGGACAAGGGCUCGGCGCCCGGCGCUGUGAAGUACCGGCCCGACAACUCCACGCCGAACAACUCCCACCUGGGCCACUACGGGCCCGACCCCACCCUGAUGGGUCACUCGCCCGCCAUGAAGACGCACAACAACAGCUACAACAGUCACGCCGCCGCCCUCACGCCCUUCGGCGGGGCGUCUUCGAUCAUGACGCCGUUCGGCGGGGCCUCCACCUCCUUCACCUCCGUGGCGGUGAGCAGUCCCUUCCCUGGGGUCAUCACAGGCGGCGUCACAUUUUUCGUGGCGCUGUACGACUACGAAGCGAGGACGUCGGACGAUCUGUCGUUCAAAAAGGGGGACCGCUUCCAGAUUAUCAACAACACGGAAGGCGACUGGUGGGAGGCUCGCUCCAUCAACACCGGGGAGAAGGGCUACAUCCCCAGCAACUACGUGGCUCCCGCCGACUCCAUACAGGCCGAAGAAUGGUACUUUGGUAAAAUGGGCCGCAAAGACGCCGAGCGGCUCUUGCUGCUCCCUGGGAACCAGCGGGGGACUUUCUUGGCCAGAGAGAGCGAGACCACCAAAGGUGCCUACUCGCUGUCCAUCCGGGACUGGGACGAGGUGAAGGGAGACAACGUCAAACACUACAAGAUCCGAAAGCUGGACAGCGGCGGUUAUUACAUCACCACCCGGGCCCAGUUUGAUGCCCUGCAGAAGCUGGUGAAACACUACACAGAGCACUCAGACGGUCUGUGCUACAGGCUGACCAGCGUGUGCCCCACGGUGAAGCCUCAGACUCAGGGACUGGCCAAAGACGCCUGGGAAAUCCCGCGGGAGUCACUCCGACUCGAGCUCAAACUCGGCCAGGGCUGCUUCGGAGAAGUCUGGAUGGGCACGUGGAAUGGCACCACCAAGGUGGCCAUCAAGACCCUGAAGCCGGGCACCAUGUCUCCAGAAGCCUUCCUGCAGGAGGCUCAGAUCAUGAAGAAACUGCGACACGACAAACUGGUGCCUCUCUAUGCCGUGGUGUCGGAGGAGCCCAUCUACAUCGUGACCGAGUUCAUGGGCAAAGGUAGUUUGCUGGACUUCCUGAAGGAGGGAGAUGGCAGAUAUCUGAAGCUGCCCCAGCUGGUGGACAUGGCUGCACAGAUCGCAGAUGGCAUGGCCUUCAUCGAGAGGAUGAACUACAUCCACAGGGACCUGAGAGCUGCCAACAUCCUGGUGGCGGAUAACCUGGUGUGCAAGAUCGCCGACUUCGGCCUGGCUCGGCUCAUCGAGGACAACGAGUACACCGCCAGACAAGGUGCUAAAUUUCCCAUCAAGUGGACGGCGCCUGAGGCGGCUCUGUACGGCCGCUUCACCAUCAAAUCGGACGUCUGGUCGUUUGGUAUACUGCUGACCGAACUGGUGACCAAGGGCCGAGUACCGUACCCAGGUAUGGUGAACCGAGAGGUCCUGGAGCAAGUGGAACGGGGCUACCGCAUGCCCGGCCCCCAGGGGUGCCCCGACUCCCUCCACGAGAUGAUGAGGCUGUGCUGGAAGAAGGAGCCGGACGAAAGGCCGACCUUCGAAUACAUCCAGUCGUUUUUGGAGGACUACUUCACAGCCACGGAGCCGCUGUACCAGCCGGGAGACAACCUCUAGUCUGGGAGAUUCAGGGGGAGGGAGGGGGGCUCUUGCAUCGGUGGAGAGAGCUUGGGACAACGGAGAACUUUAACAUGGGGGGGGGGGUUUAAUGCUACAUGCUAGUCCUUAGCCACACUGGUACGUCUGCUAGAGAAGGAAGAAGAUGUCCUCUGAAGUAGAGGGACGUCCCCCGGGGACAAAUAUAUUGGGACUGUUCAGAUUAAUGCUGGUGUGUUAAACGCUGGGAACCCUGAUGUCAGAAUAACUCCUAUGAACUGGCCUGAACACUGUGAUGAAAAUAAGAGGGAUCGUCUUCUGAUUUGAAAAUCAGUGGCUUCUUACAGAAUUUGUUUUUCACUUUUUUUUCCUUUUUUUCUUUUUUUAAACGGUACAACUUUUCCCCUUCUUUCAUUUUGUUUCGCACACAGCUCUUCGCUGUUGUAGUCGAGAUGUUUUGUACGUGCGAGUCAGGUUUGAAUCUGUAGGUCGAUGGGUUGUGUUUUUGAAGAGCUCGAGUUGUCAGCAAUGGGGCUGUGGGGCUUUGACGGGGUGAGGUGAAGUAAACGGUUACUUCACGGGCGGACGAAUGUACUGAGAUCGAUGCAGAUGUACAUAAAGUUUGUGCAGAAAGAUGUAUUUUUAGAACGUGCGAUCAGGUGGGUGAAUGAGAACAUGGGAAGGCCGCGUUAAACAUCGAACAAAUUAUAUUUAACGCGGCCACUUGAAUGCCAAACUCCGAUUUUAUUAUAUAUUUUUUGUUUUAUUUAAACGGGGACUUGAAAUCAUUGAGGUAUUUUGAUCAUGCAAAAACAACUUUUUCCUGUUUAACAUUUUAUAAAUGUUUUGACAUUUCAGCUGUGAAAAAGAAAUUAGCAUCUUGUCUUUGGUUUGGUGCACAUUUCUAAAUGCUGUAAUAUAUUUUCCCCCCAUGUCUCACACACACACACACACACACACACACAUAGUUUUAACAGAACCUGAUGGACUAGAAAUCUAGAAAUGCUCCGUUAAAUUGACAUUGUGUAAAGUUGUAGUUUUCUUUCUGUUAUCACAGUAAAAUCCCAGCGAGCUAUGACUCUUUAAAUUGUAAAUGCUACUAUGCAAAACCAGGCGUGGAGUGAAGAGUGUGACGUGUUCGACCACGUCGAGUUCCUCUUUUCUGGUUUACUUUCCUCGAUUCCCACUCGUAGAGAAUGACGGAUCACUUCUGGAGCGAAGUGAGUAGAACAACAGCAGCAGCUUGCACACACGGAGGCCUCGUCAGGGAUUUAAAGCAUUUGUAUGUGGAGAAUAUAAGUCAAAUACUGACUUUCUAGAGGUACUUUCACUGUCUGUCCAGCAGUACGGGAUGAGAAGUCUUAUUGUCCAUCAAUAAGUGAUUUUAACGAUUGGACAAAUAUGUGAACUUUUUCUUUUUGUAUUUUUUUCUUUUCUUUUUUUCUGAGCGUCACUCACUAGAACUUAAUAUGUGAUUGUUCAUGAAGACUCAAACUAGUGAUCAGAUGAUAAAUGAAAUAACAAGAGUGGAAAUUAAUAUGAUUUUUGUACAGAAGAAAUUAAAAGUUUUACUCAAAGGUU